AUGCUUUUCAAUGAUGAUGAUCAGGGAAUCGCUGAGAAACUUAAGAUUUUUUAUAAAUUAUUGUAUACAUUCAAUAAUUUUCUACUAUUCAGCUACGUGAAGCUAGUCGACUUCGGUUUUGCGAAACGUUUGGAUCACGGCAGGAAGACUUGGACUUUCUGCGGCACGCCUGAAUACGUGGCGCCGGAAGUUAUUCUGAACAAAGGUCACGAUAUUAGCGCAGACUACUGGUCUCUGGGCGUCCUGAUGUUCGAAUUGUUGACCGGGACACCACCAUUCACCGGAGGAGAUCCUAUGAAGACUUACAAUAUCAUAUUAAAGGGUAUCGACGCCAUCGAAUUCCCGAGGUCAAUAACAAGAAACGCCACUGCGCUCAUUAAAAAACUUUGCAGGGAUAAUCCGGCAGAACGUCUCGGUUACCAGAAGGGCGGCAUUAGUGAAAUACAGAAACACAAGUGGUUCGAUGGUUUCAACUGGGAAGGACUGAGAGCCAGAACGCUCGAGCCUCCGAUAAUGCCAAGGGUUCAAAACGCCGCUGAUACGACGAACUUCGACGAAUAUCCUCCCGAUUCCGAUCCACCCCCGCCUGACGACAUUUCCGGCUGGGACAACGACUUCUAACGUUAGACUGUUUGCAACGUGAUUGUUUUUUAUGGGACAGAGAAGCUCCGCGAUGCUUUUCAAUGAUGAUGAUCAGGGAAUCGCUGAGAAACGUUUCACAAUCUCUGCAUUUAUAGUUAUAAUGAAACCGCGAACGAUUCGCGGAUUACUAUACGAUUCCUAGAUCUUGAAAUUCUGAGCCUAGAUCAUUCGAAGGAUCCAUAGGAACCGAUCUGAUAAUAGAGACGUCAGGGUUUUCGAUUUUUUUUUUUUUUUAAUGUGUUUAACUGGUCCGCGCGAGUCACACGGUGGAUCGAUAGUUUGCAAUCGAUAACCCGGCUCUGUGAUACGAAUUCAGAAACGCGACACCCUUUCUAGAACUCUUCGAGGCUGAUCUAUAGAUUCAAGAGAUCGUAACCGUACUACGCGAGAGCUAAGAAUUUUUAUAUAACAUCCCCUGGGAGACACGUCCUCGGGUGAUAAAAACUAAAAAUCUCGCGAACCGAUUUAGAGAAGUAUAAUAAAUGCGCACGACUUUUAAUAGCUAGCGUCCGAUUAAAUUUAUUGCUAGCGCAGCGACUUUGUAAACAAGUCCAAGUGCCAUACCGAAUAACGAGACGAAGGCGAUGAAUGGCGAUGACCGUACAGAGAGUAUACGAUGUGCAAUAAUUUAAGCUCAAUUAAAUAAGCUAAUAAAAAAAUUAUCUGGCAAACCGAAUUAACGAACAAUUUCAUUCGAAUAAAUUGUAAAUUAAAGAAGAGUUGUAGUAUGGCGUACUUUUAUACCAAGGAGAGAAUGAAUCUGGAUGGAUCGUUAAAAAUAGCGAGGAUAUAUACAGAAUAAAUCGAUUGACUGUUA